AUGUCCGGCCUGUGGAGUUUCCGAGACACGGCUGCUCCCCUGCCUUGCCUGAGUGAUACCGCAAGGGCCUCUCUCCCCAAUGCUGCUAUCGAUGAUUUUAUGGACGGCAUGGCUGUGGAGGUAAGUGAUACUUCAAUAGAGGACCCAGUGAGGGUUUUUGAUGUGGCAGCUGAUGUGGAUGGGGCUGUUCGGGAGGUGCAGAAUGCGUGGCUUGAGCGCAUUGUGGGCCAUGAGAAGACGCCUCCUUAUCACUUGCGGAUUCCUCACCAGGAGGCGUCGGACAUGGCAACGGCGCCACCGGAAGCGCGCGAUGCUACAUUAUAUGAAGGCGAGCCUUUGUCUUCUGAAGAUAUGAUAGUCGUGAAAAGUUUACUGAAAAUGCAGGGGACCAGCAAGGAAGCGAAAACCAAUAGUCGUGGGCGGCGGCGAUGCCUCAGCACAUCCACACCACCCGUGCUGCAUGCCUCAACCGUGAUGUCGCAGCGAAAGGGACGGCAAAGCCUCAGUGGAGCAAAAACUGCCUGUGACACUGGAAUGAAGGCACAAAAGGUAAUUAAUUGUCCAAGUGACGGGUACACACAAGAGGAGAUGAGGUUGCUUGACGGAGACUGCAGUGCUAAACGCACACCAAAGGUGACGAGACAUGUUUUUCAGAAGUUACCCUGUGCUUUUGUAGAACGUAUGGAAAGACGAGCUGCCCAACGACGGUUAGCUCGUUCGGCUCUGGGCAAUUCAAGUUUGCUUGAUAGAGCGACCGGUGACGUUUCCACCAUGCAAAAUAUACCGGCGCACGGGGCGACAAAAACACGACCAACUUUGAGGUACGAUGCCUUAUCGUUUGAGCUCCAGGUUGCCCUGAUAUCGCUUGAGACAACCCAAAAUACUGGCACCGGAUUGGAACGUUGCUGCCAAUAUGAAGCUAUUGCUCUUCGGUGGCAUUCUGCUCAUGUAAAGAAAAAAGUCUGGAGAUGCUGGUGUAAUAGUCAACGCAUUCGGGCCAACAGGUGUGUGAAACAUGCGGUCACGUCCCUGACCAAGAACGCUCCUGUUGCAUGUGUGCUGUCUCAGGAUGACCACGGAUCAACUCUCGGAUCGGUGCACCACGCAGAGCUUUUGAAGCUUAAUUUGGCCAACAUACAACUUCUUCGGUGGUACUUUGUCCUUUGGGCUGCAUUCUUGGAAACGGCACGUGAUGGCGGCAUGCCUUUGGGAAAACUUGCAGAGAUUCCGUAA